AUGCCUAUAUUGGAAUUUCUCGAUUGUCCUUUACCCGCUGACAAGAAUCCAGAGCUCACAAAAAGUCAAGUUUCAGCACUUGCUCGCUCAUGUGUCGAGUAUCUGCAAGCGGACGUGAAGGAUGGAGCGAAAUAUGUGAAUAUCGAUGACGUUUCCCUGAGUUGUUUGAAAGUACUCGCUGUGCUUUCCAGGGAAGAGGCCAACAGAGCGGUAUUGGUUGAUGGCGGAUGUCUACCCCAGCUUGUUGACGUCAUUCGUGAGUGCAAAAGAACAGAUGAUUUACCAAUACAAGCGCUGAGAGCUCUUGCCAACAUCUGCAUUGAUAAUGAUGAACAUCGUCAGGCUGUUGCGAAUGUCGACGAGAGUAUAAAAAGCAUUGUCGAUUUUGUUGGUGUUACUGCGAGUCAGGUGACGGAUCUGAAAUCUAUUGAAGUUGAGGAUGCCCCUCAGCUCAGCGUAAAGACCGCCAUCUGUGUCGGCACAGUCAUCAAUCUCUGCAACGAGAAUGAGCUCAUGGCGCAGGAGCUUCUAGCGGCCGGUGCACUACCUCAUGUCCUUUCCAUAUACAGUGGCAAGUUUGUGUCCGAUAGCGUUCGUAUGAGCGCACUCAGCGCAUUGGAAGCACUCACGGAACAAGAUGAAGGCAAGUUGGCACUUUGUGCAGGGGACUAUCCAAUGAAGCUGUUUGACGCAUUAGUGUUCACAACCGAUAAAGAAUUCGAAGAAAGGCCGACUGAGCUCAUAGAAAGCCUCGUAUCCGACAACGAGGCGAUGAGGCAAAAAUUUGUCGAGACCUUGGGAUUGUCCAAGCUCAUCGCUUUAGCGUCGCAGCUCUCCGAUCCGGUGGGCGAUGUUGCCUCCAGGGUUCUUGCCAUCAUAUUUACUGACGAUAAGUACAUGCAACUCGCACUCGAUGACUCAUCACUGCACGUCAUCGAUAGACUGCUGGAGUGGUGUAAAUCGACUGAUACAACCAAGAGGGCUAAUGCAGCUUUUGCCUUCGGCAAUCUCGCCCGCUCAGAAUCGGCCUGCCAACAGUUGAUGGACGCCGGUGUCAGCUUGCAAUUAAUAUCCAUGCUGGACAGUGAGGAUGCAAGGGAAAUACACGCCAUCUUUGGAGCUCUGCGAAAUUUGGUCAUAGCAAAGGAGACCCGAAUGGCGCUCAUCGAUGCGGGAUUGCUCGACAAGUUACCAAAGUGGGCUGAGUCGUUUCACAUGCCAGUUCGGUUUCUUUUGGUAUCAAUUCUUCGAACGUUGGCGUCGCGAGAUAAGGAAGUCGGUAGUCUAAUGGCCGAUGACGAACGCAUUUUGGGGAUGGCCAUGCAGCUGGUGGGAAGUGAUGACGAGGGCACCUCUUCCGAGGCCGCCAGAGUGAUAGCGAAUAUAAUCAAAUAUAGCCCGAAGAAAGAAUACAUACAAACUAUCUGCGAGAUGGGAGGCCUCAAGGGACUAAACAAGCUACUCACAUCGAAGCAUAUGAUAUUGCAGAAUGAUGGACUGAUGGCACUCUGCCUCGUCGGUGCAAUAAUGGGAAAUUCAUUGGUGGAUGUUGCCUACCUUGAACAGUGCUCGCGUAGCGUUGUGAACCUAAGUAAGAGCGAUGAGGCAAUUCCUGACAGCAUCAAACAGAACUGUAAACAGUGGCUGGAGAUAGUCGCGAAAAACGAUGCUCUCAAGUCACGUAUCGACUCCUCAGAGAGGGAUACGAAGGCCGUUGGCCAAAUGGACAACAGGAUAGAGAGUCCACAACAAUAA